CGUCUGUCCGUCCCGCGUUCCCCGCGAGAGACAUGGCCGGGAGCAGUGAGAAGGCGCCAGACUCCGGGCGAGGCGUCGUGCUUCUGGAUAAUUGGCCAGGAUAUGAUUUGGAUUUAUUCACGUACCCACAGCACUAUUAUGGUGAUUUGGAGUGUGUGCUCAUCCCUCACGGCAUCAUAGUGGACAGAAUUGAACGGCUGGCUAAGGAUAUAAUGAAAGACAUAGGCUACCAUGAUAUUCUGGUCCUGUGUGUACUGAAAGGAGGUUACAAGUUCUGUGCUGAUCUUGUAGAACACCUCAAGAACAUCAGCCGAAAUUCAGAUCGGUUUGUCUCUAUGAAGGUUGACUUCAUCAGGCUAAAAAGUUACAAGAAUGAUCGGUCCAUGGGUGAGAUGCAGAUCAUUGGAGGCGAGGAUCUUUCAACACUGGCUGGCAAGAAUGUCCUCAUUGUUGAGGAUGUUGUUGGAACCGGGAGGACCAUGAAAGCCCUACUCAGCAGCAUUGAGAAAUACAAACCCAACAUGGUGAAGGUAGCCAGUUUACUGGUGAAGAGGACAGCCAGAAGUGACAGCUUUAGACCUGACUAUGCUGGAUUUGAGAUCCCAGAUAUCUUUGUGGUCGGCUAUGCCUUAGACUACAAUGAGUACUUCCGAGACCUUAACCACAUUUGUGUGAUCAACGAGCACGGUAAAGAAAAAUAUCGAAUAUGAUGAAGCAAAACUCAUCAAUGUCUUUCCCCGAUACAGCGAUUCUUCUGCCCUGCUACUCAGGAAGCCAGGGUGUAAAGUCUGUCUCCGUAGCCAUCUUUACUCAGCUAGGUAUAAAAAAAAAAAAAAAACCACUGUUUUAAAAAAAAACAAGCUUCCUUUUUACAGAGAUUAGGAUGUAAACAGCAAAGGUUCUUUGGGAAGAGAAGACGACGCUUGCCUUUGACUCAUUACAAAUUAAAUUUCUGCUCCCCAAAAUUCCACCCACUUCAUACUCCUCCUUCAGUACAGUCACUAUGCGCCAUGACUCUUCAGAGGAAUGCACCCACCUGGUGAUUCAAAUAUUGUUCACAUAUCUCCUUUAAUACUGUUUGCUUUUGAAAUAACAUUUUACAGUAAUGACCUGCAGCCCCCUUAGCUUUGGCCCUCCCUGUACCGUAAGAAUGCAGCUAGGUUCCCUUGCUAAAGCAGGAGCAAAAGGACAGCUUCGCAUGAGCGUCUGUUUGCCCCGUUCUGACAGGACGUUAUUAUCUGCUUUGACAAAGCCUUUCAGAAGUGCGGGUACAAUGGAUCUUAAUGAUGUUAUGAAAUGAGCCUUCACCGCGUGCACUUGAGCCCCGCUUCCUGUGUGUGCUGACAGCAUGGAUGUGUGCAUGGACGUACUCAACUGUGUUUAAUACUCUGCAUUUUAAUUAGGAAAAAACACAAUGGCAGCAAGGCCUGCCCUCCCUAGCUGAGUUCUUUUAUUCCAGUGGGACAAGGGCAAAUGGUGGGCUUGAGGGGUGGGGGUGUUUUCAAAAAUCAGUACUAAGCAAGUGUAAAUUGUUCCUCUUAUUUGCAUAGAAACAUAAAACAGCCUAAACAUUAACAGAGGUUGAAUCAUUUAGCUAAAUGUCAUUAUAUGGCUUCUCACACAAUCCAGGGUGCCAUAAGAAGCAAGCACACAUACGGAAGGUUUUGUGCAUAACACACACACACACACACAUACACACACACACGCAUAUUCAUUAUCACCACUAUAUGUGACAUUUCCUAAUUUGUAGGGUUUUAAUUAAAAAUAAGCUCACAAGUCCACAGUGCUGGGUUUCUUACCUCCUGAAAGAAGCAAAUGCAAGAUAAAUAACUAUACAGCCUUUGUUUGGUUCUGAACCAUCCUGUGUGUUAUAUUGUUAUAUUGUAGAGUUCUUUAAACUAAUAAUAAAAAAAGAUAUUAUGUUUCA